UUGGGCAUUUGGAGUUGUGUUGUGGGAAAUAUGCACAUUAGGUAAGAAAAUUUCCUAUCGGCUUGUCGAUGGCCAUACGGUGUCAAGCAAAUGGAAGCCGACAGCUAGGAAAUGAUUUUUUUCUAAGAACGAAUUUGUCUAUAAGAACUGAAAUGAAAACAUUUUACGGCAUACAUUUAUGUACUGUAUCAUUGUUUUCUUUCCUCCUGUACUUCCAUUUGUUUAAAUUCUGGAACUUCUUCUGUUAUAUGUACUUACCCAGAUUUGUAUAUUUUAGGAGACACUCCUUAUUCAUCAGUGUCAGACAGGGAUCUCAAGGAUUUCCUACUUGCCGGAAAGCGAUUGGAGAAAGUGGACAGCUGCACGGGCGAUAUGUAAGAUUCUCGUUAAAUGAUUCGUGCAGGCUAGCCUACCUGACCUAGCUUCACUUUGGGAUUAUCAGGACAGGAAUAUGUAUGGAUAACAUGCGUGCAAGCAAUGUGUUAAACACUUUGACAAAGGACCUUUGAUUCACAAGUGGCAAUUUUCAUAUUCUCAAAUUAGAAAAUAAGCAUCCUGAGAGUUUUUAUGUGCACAAUAAAAGCAAUAUACCGAGAGGCGAGAAGUAAAUAUCAAUUACCAUACGUAAUGCGGAACGGGAAAGCUUAUUUGCUGAGUAACUUCUCGCAUCUUGAAAUGCUAGCGCUUUAUCCAAUACUUUAAAACAUUAAUCUUGUCCUCAAUCUUUAUCUUGGAAGCUUUGGGUUUGAUGCAGCAUUUACCUGGCGAUUGUAACUGAAGUGAUUUAAUUCAGUAAUUUAUUUUAUUCAGUUUUUGGACAAUCUAAAACUUGCAAAAGGAACCGUCAAAGUAAUAAUUAGAUUUCUAUAAUUAUUUUAGAUAUGAGAUAAUGCUAAAGUGUUGGAGUCAUCUUCCAAAAGACAGACCAACAUUUACUGAACUAUCAGAUAAAUUGUGGGACCUUGAGCAUAAAGAAAAACCCUAUGUCAAUUUAGACAGUUUAAUGCAGCAGUCUGUCGAAAGUGAAGGUAUGCAAACCUGUUAUAUUUAAUUUGUAUGAUAGCCUUUUUUGCGGAAAUUCUAAUACUGAUGUAGUAUGCAUAUUUACAGCAAGCUUGAGUGGAUUGCCUGUUCGACAAAUGCAUG